GCAAAACCGGGGGAAGCCUAAAGCUCCGCGCGGAGGAAUCGUUCCAGUGAGUGUGACAGGCGUUCUCUCCAGUUUCCAUAUGCUGAGAUUAUAUCUGUUCAUCAGUUUGCUGUGCUUGGUGAGAUCAGACACAGAUGAAACAUGUCCUUCAUUCACCAAACUGAGCUUUCACAGUGCAGUGGUUGGUACGGAACUCAACGUGAGGUUGUUGCUCUACACCAGGAAAAACCACACCUGCGCACAAAUCAUCAACUCCACAACUUUUGGAAACUUGAAUGUGACCAAGAAAACCACCUUCGUUAUCCAUGGAUUCAGACCAACAGGCUCCCCUCCAGUUUGGUUGCAGGACUUAGUGAAAGCUUUGCUCAUUGUAGAAGACAUGAACCUGGUUGUCGUUGAUUGGAAUCGUGGAGCUACAACUGUAAUAUACACCCAAGCCUCUAGUAAAACCAGGAAAGUAGCCAUAAUCUUGAAGGAGUUUAUCGACCAGAUGAUGGCAAGAGGAGCCUCUCUGGAUGACAUCUACAUGAUUGGAGUAAGUCUAGGAGCUCACAUAUCAGGAUUUGUUGGAGAGAUGUACAAUGGGCAGCUGGGGAGAAUUACAGGUCUCGACCCUGCGGGCCCUUUAUUCAACGGGAAGCCUCCCCAGGACAGAUUAGAUCCCAGUGAUGCGCAGUUCGUUGAUGUCAUCCAUUCCGACACUGAUGUAUGCUCUCUUCUAGCUCUGGGCUAUAAGGAACCAUUAGGAAACAUAGACUUCUACCCAAAUGGAGGAGUGGAUCAACCUGGUUGCCCCAAAACAAUCUUUGAAGGGAUGCAGUACUUUAAAUGUGACCACCAGAUGUCCGUGUACCUGUACCUUUCCUCCCUGACAAAGAACUGUACCAUCACCGCAUACCCGUGCAACUCCUACAGGGAUUACAGGAAUGGCAAGUGCAUCAACUGCGGCCUAUCCCAAGGGAAGCCCUGCCCCCUGCUGGGCUACUAUGCUGACAACUGGAAAGACUAUUUAAGUGAGAAAGACCCUCCAAUGACUAAGGCAUUCUUUGAUACAGCUGAGAAGGAGCCGUACUGCAUGUAUCAUUAUUUUGUGGAUAUUAUAACUUGGAACAAGAGCAUCAGAAGAGGGUCCAUUACAAUCAAGUUGAGAGAUGAAGCUGGAAACACCACAGAAUCCAAAAUCAGUCAUGAACCAGCCACAUUUGAGAAAUAUCAUCAAGUGAGUCUGCUUGCAAGAUUUAAUCAAGAUCUGGAUAAAGUGGCAGAAAUUUCCUUGGUGUUCUCUACAGGAUCUGUAAUAGGCCCAAAGUACAAGCUCAGGAUUCUCCGAAUGAAGUUAAGGUCGCUUGCCCAUCCAGAGAGGCCCCAGUUGUGUCGGUAUGAUCUCGUCCUGAUGGAAAAUGUGGAAACACCCUUCCAACCCAUUGUUUGCCAGAAGUUGCAGAUGUAACUGUUGUCGGGACACACAGACCAGGGACAUCGAGCAAGCUGAAACUGCAGACUUUCUGAGCUUCCCCUUCACUUUUCCUCAAGGCACAAAAAGAAUUGAAAAACUGAGGAUGUCACAUUAUAAAACAUCAAACGACCUUGUGGUUAUAAAACCAUCCUGGGAAGGGAGCCCCUAACUAGGGCAAGUCAGAAAUAGCCAGGCUCUGCCAGCCCAGCGCUUUGUCUCGCUGCAUCCUGGGGCCUCGUUUGUUCCGAGCUGUCGAUUCCGCUGUCCAUCAGCACAGCUAUUCUGCCCAUCAUGCUGCGGGUCAAGCAUCUUCAAGGGAAAGACGGGCUGGAGGUCUCCAUGUAGACCGGGCUCCACAUUCCCUGAGUCAGUCCUUCCAGUUCCCCACUGGUAGAAGGGAAUGAAACCGACCUACCUCACAGGGCUCUUGUGGGGGAGGCAAAUCGAUGAAGGGGUUUUGAAAAUCUCAUGGGUGUCACAUCUGUGAGAUGUUUGAUAAAUGUGAAUUACUUCCUUUGAUAUGGCUGAUCGAGUAUGAAGACACAGGGGGCCUCUGCCUAUUAAGACCAACUUUUCUUUUGGGCUGUUGGCUCUGGGGAGGCAAGAAAGGCACAGCCCUGGCCACCUGCCUUCUCUGCAGUGUGCAGGUGCACGGGGGAGGACAAGGGGACCAACAGCCCAGAGGGCAGCUGCAGGGACAAGUGCUAAGUGUGUGAGGGAAGAAGGGCAUGGAAACAGAGAAGCAGCCUCCACACAGAGUGACAGCAGAUGGAGCAAGAGAAGAGAGAAACGCAGGGCUUGUUUCUCACUUAAGGUGGAGAAGAAUCAUUUUAUAGGUAAUCUCAUUUUAACCAACCCUUAAGAUGUGCUUCAUUUCAUUAUAGCCCAUGUAAUCCAUGAUUACUGAAGGAAUUUAGAAAAUACAUAGAUGCCCAGUGAAAGAAAUACUAUGCGUAAUCCUACCUGUUAGGUGUAGUUACAAUUAACCAUUUGGAAUGAUGCUGUAACUCCCUUUGCUAACAGGUGGAUUCAAAGCAUAAACCACUUUGCUCUUGGAGCAUCUGAAGCCUCCAGUGUGAGGAAUGCUCAGGCUUCCCUGGAGGUAUUGUGGCCAUGUCCCAGAAGGCCAAGGCCAGACAGGCCAGAGCAGUGGGAGGACAAUACCUGGGCCGACACCCAGUGCAAGGGUGGCCACACCUAUGGCCACUACAGGAAGGUCUCUGGGAUUCCUGAAUGCCACAGGGCCAGUAACCUCUCAUCUAAGCGACUCCUCUCCUACUGCUUUCUGUGAACACUGCCCUGGUACAGAAGUGGACUGUACUUUAUAAAUUGUGGGAACUUGUAAAUCUACUCCUGUGUGGCACACCUUCUGAUGGAUUACAUAUGUAUUAAACACAGAGCCUAUAUUUUACUGAAACAGAAAACUGACUAAACUGUGAAUGGAAUAAGGCACUCCCGCCCAAUCGGACAUCUUACCCUUCUUGUUCCUUCUUCCUACACUUCCUGAGCAGCUGUGGCUAGAGAGAUCAAUGGUGCAUUAGUCAUAUUUUCUUUCCUUUAAUGAAAAUACCUGAGAGGAGCAACUUAGUAGGGAAGAAGGCUCUUUUUGGCUCACAGUUUGGGGUUCAAAGUCCAAGAUCUGUAGCCUCAUAGGUUCAGACCUCUGGGGAGGCAAGAUGUCAACAGGGGGAUGAUCCCAUGGCCAGCCAGGAAGCAGAGUGAGAACUGGGCUGAACUUGGCUUGGCUUAAGUAACCAAGCUUCUCAUGAGAACUACUUUCUAAGGCAUGUGCCAGAGACCUAAAGACCUCCCAACCCACUCCCCAGACACCACAGUAGAUCACAUUCCUACCUUUCAUCCAUUAACUAUUAACAUAACGUUUGGGAGUUUAAAUAUCUGUACGGGUUUGGGGAACCAAAGCCUGUUCAGACCAUAGCAAGUGUGCCAACAGGAUGGAAGAAGGAUAAGAGGCAAGUUUAAUUACUGGAGUGGAGAUGAAUGUCCAUGAGUUCUCAUAACAAGGGUCAGGAGAAAUGAAGCAGUCACAGGUUCACCACUUGCUUCUUGAAAUCUUUCUCCGGAAGCCCCUGGAAUUUCUGACUGUCUUGUUGUCCUUGCCUCCCCUCCGUUCUCUUUGUCAAUGUGUCUGCUACAUGGAUCCUAAGUCCAAGACACAAUCCUAGUCGACCCUCUUCCCUCCCCUUGUCACUGGUGAUCUCUUCAUCUCUUGCCGCAUUUCCAGUCUUGGACCUCACUCCUACUUACAGUAUACCGUGCCUCUCUUCACAGCACUUUAAAAAGUAUACAUAUACCUGUGAGAUUAUUUUCAUUAAUGUUUGUCUUCUCUACUACACUGUUCUGCAAGGCAGGAGCCACGAGCCUUCACCAUAGUCUGUGUUCAGGAACUAUUUCUUAUAUGAAUCCCGAACUAUCUUCUGAGUCCCCUGGAGCCAUGUUCAGCUCUGAGCAAAGACUUCUGCCUCCCCCUAGCCACAGGCCAUUUCCUAAACUUUCUCCCUGUCGCUAUCUUCUCUGGAGGCCAACUGUCCAUUUCCCAGGUUCUUUGUGGGAGAAAGCUGACUUUUUUCUUCUGUGUCACCUCCUUCAGGUGGUCUCAGGGCCACUGCUCAGCAAGCCUACCUGUCUGGAAAUCUAGAUUUUACUCCCCUCCCGCCUCCCAUUUUAGCAACACUGCUAAACCCUCCAGGACUCUCCUUAUAUGACUCCAUGACUCUGAGCUGUAGUUCAAAGUCUUCUCUUGUCUGCUUUCCCACAAUUCUCCCUUCCACCAUCUACUUUGCCACGUGCUCCCAUCACUGCCUUUACUGCACCGUAUUGUAAUGUUUACACGUCUGUAGCUCCUCCAAGACUGUAAGCUCCACAAG